AUGACGCGCCCCUCGAGGCAGGGUCUCUGGUGGAGCACAGGGGGUCUGAGUUGCAGGAGUCGGGGUCUGAGUCUCAGGAGGAUCGUAGGGAGUCGGGGUCUGAGUCUCAGGAGGAUCGUAGGGAGCGAGCCGGGACGAAGCCUCGGGACUGGCUGCGGAGGCGAGCCGGGACGAAGCCUCGGGACUGGCUGCGGAGGUGGCGGCUCAGGAAAGCGACGAGGGACCGGAUCUGCCGGCGGCUCACGUCGCCGUCUCCGGGCUGACCGCGGAGGUGGCGGCUCCGGAAAGCGACGAGGGGCCGGGUCCAUCGGCGACUCACGUCGCCGUCUCCGGGCUGACCGCGGAGGUGGCGGCUCCGGAAAGCGACGAGGGGCCGGGUCCAUCGGCGGCUCCCAUCGCUGUCCCCGAGCUCGCAGCGGAGGAGGUGCUUCCGGAAAGCGACGAGGGGCCGGGUCCACCGGCGGCUCACGUUGCUGUCUCCGGGCUGACCGCGGAGGAGGUGUUUCCGGAAAGCGACGAGGGGCCGGUUCCACCGGCGGCUCAGGUCGCUGGCUUCCCGGACGAAGGAAUCGACGGGGGCCGUAUCCGGGGGGUGCUAACACCAGCCUUGUUCCCCGGAAAAGCUCCCGCUGCAGGUCGGCGAGAGCUUCAGCUAGCUCCCUGUCCUCCCUGCUGGAUCUCCGCCUCGGUCCGCUCUGCUUUUUCGGAGGGAACCUCACUCCAGCUGGGUCCAUAAUAGCGAGCCUCACCGUUUGGUCUGGUCGGGUCCUUCUGUCAUGAAGUGCGGGUGGUGAGAGUGGUGAGGCAGAGGCAGCGGACCCAGGUAU